CGAAAAUACAUUACGAGUAUGGGAAAUUCCCUCGAAAACCCAUAUUAAUAAGGACCAUGCAGAUGGCGUUGGUUUUAUGACCAACGCUGAUAAAUUCCAAAUUGUAUAUGUGGAAGACUCCAAGCCAGUUUCGAAUCAAGAUAAAGAAAUCGCUAACUCUGAAAAAAUUAGUUAUCAACUACGUCUUCAUUUAUAUUAUCUUGAUUACUGUGGAAAUUUUCGACUAAAUGAGGUUGAUAACGCCAACUUACCACGGGAUUUUUCGUUGUUAGUUCAGAACGUAAUAAAAUCCUUUGACGAUGCAAGAUCCGAAGAGACCCUCCCGGCUCUCAUAUGCGAAUUCCCUUCUUCAACUAGAUGA